CGGGACGGGGCGGGACCGGCUGACUGACAGAGGGCGGGGCCUGGGGGCCUCGUGACCCGCCGGGGUAUCACGUGACGUGGCCGCCCCGGCCUCCCAAGAUGGCGGUUUGCGUUGCCGUGAUCGCUAAGGAGAAUUACCCCCUUUACAUCCGCAGUGUCCCCACGGAGAACGAGCUGAAGUUCCACUACAUGGUGCACACGUCCCUGGACGUGGUGGAUGAGAAGAUCUCCGCAAUGGGGAAGGCCCUGGUGGACCAGAGGGAGCUCUACCUGGGCCUGCUGUACCCCACAGAGGACUACAAGGUAUACGGUUACGUGACCAACUCCAAGGUGAAGUUUGUUAUGGUGGUGGAUUCCUCCAACCCAGCGCUUCGAGACAAUGAGAUCCGCAGUAUGUUCCGGAAGCUGCACAACUCCUACACAGACGUGAUGUGUAACCCUUUCUAUAACCCAGGGGACCGCAUCCAGUCCAGGGCCUUUGACAGCAUGGUGACAUCGAUGAUGAUACAGGUCUGCUGAGUGAGAACGUGCUGCCCGUCGGUUGAAGAGAAGUGUUUUGUAUAUAACCAUGUGGUGUAGAGGUGUAUUUAUUAUCCUUUCCCUCUCCCCGAAUGUCACAGACGUUCUGAACGUGUCGUAUGGGGGCAAGGCCUGAUGUAGCACAUGUCAGCUAAAUGUUUUGUGACAUCAGA